UCUGGGCAGUUCCUAAAACAGAGCUGGGAAAGGAACUUGUGAGUUUAAGCAACACUAGGAAACAGAGCACUAGUAACAUAACAGAAGACAAAAGGGUAAAGGAAAAUUUUACUGCUUCUACAGUUCUGCAUAUCUGCAGAAUUAGAGACCAGUUCUGACAUGCAUUCAAAGCCAGUUUAUUAUGGAGGGAGAAACAGAUGGAAACAAAGGGAAAAGAUAAAGAGGACUUAGUAGUUUAAGAUCUAUGAGAAAAGGAGAAUUAAAGAAAAUAUUGCAGAUAGGAGCUGAACCUACAGUCCUCCAGAGAAAAUAGAAUUUCCAUGACUGGAGUGUUGCCUAAUUUACUUAGGAAGAUUAUGGAUGGGCACCAGUUCUCUCAUUUGAGCUAUGUGAGUGCUGUCCUUAUGGUGCUUCUUUGGACUGGCAUCUCGUAUGCUCAGAAGGACUGUACAGGAGUGGAAUGCCAGCCCCUGGAGAACUGUAUUGAAGAGGUGCUUGAGCCUGGCGAAUGCUGUGCUACGUGUCUGCAACAUGGUUGUACUUGUGAAGGCUAUCAGUACUAUGACUGUGUCAAUAUGGGAUUUGUGAAUGGCAAGGUCCCUGAAGGGCAAUCUUAUCCUGUGGACUUUGGAAGUACUGAAUGCACAUGUCCCAAGGGAGGAGGCAAGAUCAGCUGCCAGUUCAUGCUUUGCCCUGAGUUGCCCCCAAACUGUAUUGAUUCUGUGUUAUCUGAUGAUGGUUGCCCUCAGUGUAGAAGAAUAGGCUGUCUCCAUGAAGAUCAGAAGUAUGUAGCAGGCCACACAUUCCAUGUGCCUCAUUGUAAGGUUUGUCAUUGCCCAAAUUCUGGAGGUAAACUGAUGUGCUACCAGAUCCCAGACUGUGAUAAAUUUUCAUUAACCACUGAGAGUCCCCUGGAUACUGAAGAGAAUGAACCAGAGAGACACUAUGAUGAUCCAUAUAGCUAUGAUCAGGAGGCACCAGAAGGAGACAUCACACAGGUAGAGUCUCCUAAAAAACAUAGGAGCUAUGCAGCCCAUGAAGAACCAGAUAGCGUUAUCCAAGAACAGAGUGAGGAUUAUGAUUACCCCACAGUCAGUGCAACUCCCCCAACAUUGGCUCAACCUGUUUCACGUGCUGAAGAAACUGCUACAACACUCAAUAUACACACUCCUACUCCCUUCCUUGUGAUUAAUCCAACAGAAAAAGAGGAGGAAAGGAAAGACAUAAGCACCUCAGUGUCACCUGCAGUGCAGAAUACAAGUAAGAAAGCACCAGCGACUAGCAGUAUUCCAGAGAAGCAAACAACUGCUCCAGCAGCAACACCCAAGCAAGUAGUGGUAGAAUUUGAGAGAAAAUCCAAGGGGAAGCAAGGGGACAGACAGAGAAAUGAACAAGAAGGCAGUGCCCGCCCUAAAACAAAAAAACAUUUAAGAAAAGAUUAUAAGGAGCUGGGGAACAGUACAUAUUCACGCUUCAAAGAGGCAAACGUAACAGAAUCGCAUGGGCCAAAAACUUACCGUGAAACACAGGAAGGAAGUUUUUUCCCUAAGGUCAAGUUUAGUUCAACAACAUCACCUCCCAUUGUUCUGAAAGAAGACCAGGCAUCCCAAAAGCAGCCACAGACCCUUUAUCGCUACCAUCCUGAAGAAGAGGAAGACCCCAAUUCCAUUCAUACUGCCUCCAGGUUACCAGAAGGUUCCACCAAGGACUUAAUUGAAACUUGCUGUGCAGCUGGACAACAGUGGGCUAUAGACAAUGGGGAAUGCAUGGAAAUCCCCAUAAGUGGGACUGAUGGAGAUAUUUGCAGAAUUGCUCAGAAGCAAUGUUGUGUCUCAUACUUAAAAGAAAACAGCUGUGUUACUGGCAUGAUUGCAGCCAAGGAAGGAGUUUUGUGUGGACCUGAUGAAAGUGAUACCUGUGGAGGAUCUUCUUAUAAGCAAUGUUGUGAUUGUUGCUCUCUAGGACUGAGAGUAAGAAGUGAAGGGAAAACCUGUGAGUCCAACCCAAACUUGGGCUACCCUUGCAACCAUGUGAUGCUUUCCUGCUGUGAAGGCGAAGAUCAUUUCAUAUCUCCAGAAAUAAAAAGGCAUCCUGAGCCUCUGCCAACAAUGUCCCCUGAAAAAAUUUCAGAGAUUGAAGAUCACAAUGAAGCUUUGUCCAUCAGUAAUGAAGCUGAACUAUCUAAUAACUUACCUGGUGAUGACCUGGAUGAAUGCAUACUUUAUCCUGGAGACCUCUGUCAGCAUCUGUGUAUCAACACCGUAGGAUCUUACAAGUGUUCGUGUUUCCCAAGAUACACACUGCAAGAUGAUGGGCUCAGCUGUCUGCCAGAUCCCGAUGAGGGACAAACCACUGGCUUAGCAGAGGAAACUACCAUUGCUUCAGAAAUGUCUCAGGCCCAACCUGCCAUUAUUGAUAUUUUACCAGAAGAACCAGAUAAGUGUAAAGAUAAUGGCCCCUGCAAACACAUUUGCAGUGUUGUCGAAGGGAAUGUUGUGUGUUCUUGUUUGUCCGGGUAUGCUAUCACGGCUGAUAAAGUUUCCUGUGAAGAUUUGGAUGAGUGCCUUACAGGUACUCAUAUUUGUUCCAGAAGACAAUUGUGUGUGAACACAUUGGGAUCAUUCAGCUGUGUCAGCCACAGAGUGUUCUGUGCAGAGGGCUUUAUACUCAACAGGCAUAGAAAAUGUGUUGAUAUUAAUGAAUGUAUAACAGAUGCACACAACUGUAGUCGCAGGGAACAUUGCAUCAACACAAUUGGAUCAUUUAAGUGUCUUCAAGAACUCAGCUGUCAGCCAGGUUAUGAGCUCAAGGAAAGUCAAUGUGUUGACAUUGAUGAAUGUGUGAAAGGAACUCACGGUUGUAAAGUAAACUUUGUAUGUCAGAAUACGGAAGGAUCAUUCUAUUGUGAAUCAAAGCAGCGAUGCAUGAAUGGAUUUUUACAGGACCCAGAGGGUAAUUGUGUUGAUAUUAAUGAGUGCACAUCACUAUCAGAGCCAUGUAAACCUGGAUUCAACUGUAUUAAUACUGUUGGGUCCUACACUUGUCAAAGAAACAUGUUAAUGUGCAGCAGAGGUUAUCAUUCUAGUGAGGAUGGAUCCCGAUGCAUAGAUGUUGAUGAAUGUCAGACCGGUGUCCACCGCUGUGGGGAGGGACAAAUUUGUCAUAAUCUACCUGGAACUUACCGCUGUGACUGCAAGAUGGGAUACCAUUAUGAUGCAUUCAGCAGAACCUGCAUUGAUAUUAAUGAGUGCUGGAAUUAUCCAGGCCGACUGUGUCAACACACCUGUGAGAAUACUCCGGGGUCCUACCAUUGCUCUUGUUCAUCUGGAUUUCGGUUGGCAUAUGAUGGGAAGCAUUGUGAAGAUGUGAAUGAAUGUGAUAACAAACCAUGCAGUCAAGAAUGUGCCAAUGUCUAUGGUUCCUAUCAGUGUUACUGUAGGCAAGGGUAUCAGUUAGCAGAAGAUGGCCAUGCUUGUAAAGAUAUUGACGAGUGCACACAAAGUGCAGGUAUCCUUUGUACUUUCCGCUGUGUGAACGUUCCUGGUAGUUACCAGUGUGCCUGCCCUGAGCAAGGAUAUACAAUGGCAGCAAAUGGAAGAACCUGUCGAGAUAUUGAUGAAUGUGCACUAGGAACCCACAACUGCUCAUCUGCAGAGUCUUGCUAUAAUAUCCAAGGCAGCUUCCGAUGCCUGUUGUUUGAGUGCCCUCCAAAUUAUAGAAAAGUAUCUGACAUGAGGUGUGAACGCAUCAAUUGUUUUAAUUAUUUGGAUUGUCAAAAUACUCCUGUGCGCAUCACUUAUUACCAGCUGAACUUCCAAACCAAUAUUGUUGUCCCAGCUCACAUUUUCCGUAUCGGACCAUCACCUGCUUAUGCUGGAGACAACAUAAUCCUAACCAUCAACAAAGGAAAUGAAGAAGGCUACUUCAGCACUAGAAAGCUUAAUUCCUACACAGGCAUUGUGUAUCUUCAGCGACAAGUGAAAGAACCUAAAGACUUUUUGUUAGAUGUUGAAAUGAAGCUCUGGCGCCAAGGAACAUACACAACUUUUCUUGCCAAAAUUUAUAUAUUCAUCACAGCUCAUGCUUACUGAGGCAUGUAUUGACAUUGAAAUUUAUUGGUGCUCUGCUCUUUAACCAAAGCUUAUUACUGUGGAACUGACAUUUAGUGCAUCUAGCCUUUAUAUUAUUUUUCUAUCAUUGCUUCAAACUUUUUUAUUGGUUGUAUAAAUUAACUUAAGUUUUACUGACCAAUUUUCUUAUGUAAUUCUUUAGAUGAGUGAAGGAAGGGGUUUAAAGGAAAGUCGUGGGUUGUAUACUAGAACCUUCUCUUAGAAUUGUCCAGUGAAUAAAGUAGGCUUAGUUACAUCUACAGGGUAUUGCACUAGAAAGGAAACCAGUUCACUUGGGAGUAUCAGUUUGAGCCAAUGACAAGGAAGAGAAAACCUUGAGCAAUUUCCUUUUAAGGCAUGUUGUAUAAACUGGUGGUUUACUUAGCUAGUGACUUCACUGAAACUUCUCUACACUCAGAUAUUGUAGUGAUCAGGGCACUACACGCAUGCAGACAAAAUAACUAGCUCACAUUAGGUUGAAGGCUUAUUUUUUUGCCCAAGUAUUACAGUGUAUUGUCUAGAAAUAAAUUAAUAAAGCAACACCCCACCAACUAACAAAAGUUGAUUGCAUUAUCAUGUCUUACUUCAAUGGGACUAUUCAUAUGUUUAAAGUUAAAUGUCAGCAAGACCAAACUUCAGGUGUGUUUUGUACUAACUCACACUGCAGUUUGUAGUUUGAACUCAUCUCUGUAAAAACCCAUUUUAUUUAGGUAGUUCUAAUCACGGAUCAGAUGUACUAUAAUUCUUAAAAGAAAAGUCAGAGAUGACUCAUGUAAGCAACCACCACACCUUAUUCAAAAGCAUAGGUGUGCAACUAGUUUGUAGGUUACAACAUUAAAUAAACAUAAGGGGAGUGACUUCUGUUUUCCAGGAAAAUGACCUCAGUUAAGCUACCUAAAUGACACAGGGGAAAAUGCUUCUUAAAUUGGCAGGUUGUAGUAUGCCAUUUAGUAACAGCACAACCUAAGUUUCAAACUGGAUUUCCUCUUUUUCCAUAGGAAACUGGAUGAGGCCCAAAGCUGAGGGCCAGAUGUGGUAGUAUGUAGUAUAAUCAAAGUAUCUGAUAAAACUUAGAAAUGAGUAUCAACAUUUUUUAGCCUCAAUGCUUUCUGAGCAACUUUGAUCCAGGUAUAAUUUUUCGGCAAAAUGUUCAUAAGGAAAAAUAUAACCACAAUAUAUGACUGCUUACUACACUAUAGUUUAAUAAGUCAUUCUCUGUCCUACACUAGGUAUUUUGACCAUUGUGCACUGUAUGUAAAAGUAACAGGAACCAAGCUUUAUGGCUGUUUCUACAGAAGCAAUCAACAGUUUUAUUACCACAUUGUAAUAUAUUAACUUUGUUUGUAUGAGGGUUUAAAAUCAUAUAAAUGCUACCUAUGGGGUGACAGGGGAGAAGUACUGUAUUCAUUAUAUCCCAAGACCAAUUUCUAAAAUUUCAAAUAAGCCAUUUUUAUUUGGACUUUUACAGAUAAUAAAAUGUAAACUUUUUUGUAUCUAACAUAAAGUCCAUGACUACAGAAAAUGAAUUAUUUUCAUUCUCUAGCUGAAAGUUUGGGAUAUCUGCUAGUUUUAUGCAUCAAAUUUAUGCUUGCUACUCUACCAGAUUCUUUGUAAAAGUGAUCUUCCUCCACAUGACUUCUGUUUUCCAUAGUUAAUAGCCUUAAGAAAUUAGCAGCAAAGUGCCAAUUAGAAAACACAAGUGUAUGCGGUUCAUAAUUUCAGUUAAUGUAUAUCUCCAGAAAUGCAGCAGUGAGUUGAAGAGUCUUUCAGAUGUAUUACAAAGCCUAUGUGUGAAACAGUGAUAGCAUUCUCCAUGCCCUAGUAGGGCACAUCAAGAGUCGCUGAAACCCAAAGUUUUCCAUCAGCAUUAGAAUUUGAUUGAACGUAAAUGCCAUUCAAGCUCUGGCAGCCUUUGCUGUCAGAGAACUAAUGGACAAGCGAUCUGUUACCAGGAGACCUUCUGCUGACUAAAAACAACCACAGUCAAUCAUGUUAAGUGUCUGGCAGUUUGCAACACUGACUUCUCAUUUUCUAGGACAGGUAAUUGAUGAAGAACAUUCUGGAAAAUGUUCUGCAUACUAUUAUAUAGAAAAAAAGUGGUGGUUCUAAAAACUGCCUUCAUCAGCACAGCAUCCUACAGGCAUCCAGACAGGAGAGAAUGGGAACUUUGCACUACCUGUCAGAGAAAUGCAAAGGCCUGUGGAGGAUAAUUUGACAUAAAAUUUUUUCCUGGGCAACCUAAACAGCCAUUUACCUCAUUCUAAAGAAAAAAUAUAUAUAUACUCCCUGUUUGUUUUCAGUAAUGGGUGUGGUGUAGGUGAGGUUAAUAUGGUAUUUCACUUUCUCCUUUCUCAUUUCAGCCCAGUGUUGUAAUUGCCUUAAAAUGGGCUGAUGCCAACCACAGGUCCUACUGAUGUCAACUGCAGGAUUUGGGUCUUAUUGCCUGAUUCAAAGCAACUUCAAGCCAAUGGAUAUAUAAAAAUGCAAAUGACAGUCAACACCAUAGUGUUUGCAGCUGUCCCUUAGUCACUGGAUGGGCCGGGGCCCUAGUAACUUUUGAGAACAUCUUUAAAAAAGUGUCCAUUAUAAAUCCCAUCUUACAUCAUCUAUGUCUAAAUAAAUUAAACCACUACUGAAAAACUUAUCUUCUUUCUUUUUCUUCUUUUUUUUAAUGAGUUCAGAUUUUUAGGUCAGUUUAUUUUUUUUUGUGACAGAUAUAUUGAAAUGCAUAACAAAGCAUUAUUCAACUUGAUGGAAGUCAUGAGAAGAUGACAGUUUUUUUCAACCCUAAUUAUCAAAAUGCUUUUAUAGACUUUGAACAUGUGUUUGUGCAUGUGUAAACAUUUAAACAACUUGGCUAACCAUAUACUUAAUGUAUAAUAAUUGUUUAAUAUUUACUUGAAAAAUAUGUCUGGAACUGGUAGGAGGUUGUAUAGAAUACUGACUAAUAAGUAUCAUUAGUGAUUUCUGGCAAUUCAAGCAUGUUAAUUACAACACCUCUGAUUUUUUUCCUGACUAUCCUAGUCUUUGACACACAAUCAGAGCUUUCAACCACCCAAAAGAACUUGCGAUAGAGAGAUGGAUAGAGAGAUUGUUCAGAAGUUUACUUAUCCCUGUAAGGUUGAUAUAAAAUAGGUAGAUACACUUUGUACCUGCUCUAGAGUUGUAUAUCUUUUCCUCUUUCUUUUAUAGUAAAAAAAAUCUAUUUUAAAAUA